GACCGGUCAAGGCCCUCGCUUUGCUCGGUCGCUUCAGAGGUGGUAGAAGUGGCGCCAGCAGAGAGGCGUAUUGUGCUUUUGCCUUCCGGCGCGAGUACAGUUAAGCUCGAGGUAAUUCAUCUUCGCAGAGGAUCUCCUUCUGCUUUCCACUUGAUUUUUGAAGGGAUGACCUCAGCAGAUGAAUUACUGUAGGCGCUAAUGCAGAGCCUUUUCAAGCUUCGUCGAGCGUAGGGGGAGACCACUCUGGUUUAUCUGCAUCAGCC